AUGUUUGAGAAGAGAAAGGCCUCUAAUGGAUAUGAAGACCGGCCAUUCAAAAAACAGGCACCAGUGGCAUCUGACAGUGAACUGGACGAAUAUGUCGAAGAGGAGGAAAUCAACCACCAAGUCUUCGAUGUGGCUGCAGGAAACAACACCGCGUGGAGUGAAACAAUUACCAAGGUCAUAAAGAGUGUUGUGUCUGUGCAUUUUUCUAACAUCACCAACUUCGACACCGAAGUUUGCCUCACCAGUGAAGCCACAGGAUUUGUUGUUGACGCUACGCGAGGUAUCAUUCUUACAAAUCGCCAUGUCGUUGGGCCAGGCCCGUUCUGUGGAUAUGCUGUAUUUGACAACCACGAAGAAGCCGUCGUCAAACCGAUUUAUAGAGAUCCUAUUCAUGACUUUGGUUUCUUGCAGUUCAACCCAGCCGAAAUCAAGCACAUGGUGGUUUCGGAGCUCGAGUUGAGACCAGACUUGGCAAAAGUAGGUACCGAAAUUAGAGUUGUUGGUAAUGAUGCGGGUGAAAAGUUGUCGAUUUUGGCUGGAUUCAUUUCCCGCUUGGACAGAAACGCCCCAUUUUACGGAUCCAUGACCUAUAACGAUUUUAACACAGAAUAUAUUCAGGCUGCCGCUAGUGCAUCUGGAGGGUCGUCGGGAUCGCCGGUCGUGAACGAAAGCGGACAAGCUGUGGCUUUGCAAGCGGGUGGCUCAACUGAGGCAUCCACUGAUUUCUUUCUCCCGGUGUACAGACCACUCAGAGCCUUAAAGUGCAUUCAGGAAGGCAUUCCUGUGACACGAGGUGACAUUCAGGUGGAGUGGUUGUUCCGUCCAUUUGACGAGUGUCGCAGAUUAGGAUUGACGCCCGAGUCUGAAGCUCGCGCCAGGGAACUUUUCCCCGACAAGUCGGGGCUUUUGGUGUGUGACAUUGUUUUACCCGAAGGUCCAGCAGAUGGUUUCAUCAAAGAAGGUGACACUUUGAUCUCCAUUAACGGGGAGCACAUCUCCACAUUCAUCAAGGUGGACGUAAUCUUGGAUGACAAUGUUGGAAAAGAGUUGGAGUUUGUGAUCCAGCGUGGUGGAAACGAAUUGAAGCAGAAAAUUACUAUUGGUGACUUACACGCAAUUACCCCAAACCGAUUUGUUGAUAUUGCAGGUGCGUCUUUCAACGACCUCUCCUAUCAACUUGCCAGAUGUUAUUGUAUUCCUGUCAAAGGUGUCUAUGUCAACGAUGCAUCUGGCACGUUUGACUUCAAUGGACUGGAUAACACUGGAUGGGUUCUUGACAAAAUUAACGACAAGCCUACGCCAGACUUGGACACUUUCAUAGAAGUGAUGAAAGCCAUUCCAGAUCGUGAAAAAGUUGCGGCGUCUUUCCGUCAUUUGUCAGAUUUGCACACCAAAAAUAACAUGGUUCUCUACUUGGAUAGACACUGGCAAUCAGAAUUCCGGGUUGCCACCAGAAACGAUGUUACGGGUCUUUGGGACUUCAAGUCUUUGCAAGAUAAACCGUUACCUCCUACUGAAAUGGCUCCUCAAAAGACCAGGUUUGUUGACAUUCCAGUGUCAGGCGAUGAUAGAGCUGCUUGUUCUAAACUUUCAAGAUCGUUUGUGCAAAUUAGAUCUUUCUGUCCGAUUGCAAUUGACGGCUACCCAUUCAGAAAGAGCGUGGGGCACGGAGUGGUGAUAGAUGCUGAGAAUGGAUAUGUGUUAGUUUCUCGUCGUUUUGUUCCCCAUGACGUUUGUGACAUCUAUCUCAUUUUUGCAGACUCUGUUGAUAUCCCUGGAAAGGUUGUGUUCUUGCACCCAAACUUGAAUUAUGCUAUUGUCAAAUACGAUACCUCAUUGGUGAAGGCUGAUAUUCAAAGCCCAAAGAUCGCCUCUGCGUCUUUGAAGAGAGGUGAGAAGUCCCUUUUCAUUGGGUACAACUAUAGACAUCGAAUUGUCACUGAUGACGUCAGUGCAAGUUCUGUAUCUGCGCUUAACAUAAUGUCAAGCAACAUCAACCCUAGAUACAGGGCUACAAACUUAGAAGUUGUUUUGCUUGAUAGUAAAAUUGCGCAGGAAUGUGACACGGGUAUCCUUGUUGAUAACGAUGGAACUUUGAGGGCCUUCUGGCUUACUUUCCUUGGCGACCAGGCUGAUAGAUCGACCAACGUUCAGUACAGGGUUGCUUUGGACGUUGUUGAUAUCAAGAGUGUUAUCGACCUGCUCAAGCAAAAUGAUCUCCCCCGCUCUUUACGUAUCUUGGAUGCCGAAUUCGCUACCAUUACUGUCUUUUUAGCCAGAGCAAGAGGUGUUCCUCAGGAAUGGAUUGAAAGAUUUGAGCAAGAAUGUCCAGAUGAAGUCAAGUUGUUAUCAGCCUUGAGAAUCUCGGCUCGCCGCUCGGACAAGGAAAUUUCUCCAUUGAAAUUCUCAGACAUCUUGCUUACUGUGAAUGAUAAAUUGGUCACUGGUAUGAGAGACUUGAGACCCAUGUACAACAACAAGGAGUUGAAGUUUAAAAUUGUCAGAGAGAUGCAAGUUAUGGAUAUUGUUGUGCCUACAGUUGAGACGGACAGUAUUAAUACCUCAAGAAUCUUGUUCUGGUGUGGUGCCCUUCUUCAUGAACCUCAUCAUGGCGUGCGCCAACUCAUGGAAAAUAUUCCAUCUCGUGUCUAUGUCUCGAGAAAAAGCUCUGGUGGUCCUAUGGCGCAGUACGGAAUUCUGACAAGUGUUUUUAUCACGCACGUGAAUGACGUGGAAACUGAAGACUUGGAGACAUUUGCUAGAGUCACCAGCUCAAUUCCAGAUAACACAUAUGUCAAAUUGCGUCUCGUUUCUUACGACCAUGUCCCAGGAGCUGUUUCUAUGAAAACUAACUACCAUUACUUCCCCACCCAAGAGUUGAGAGUGGAUGACAAAACCGGUGAGUGGAUUGAGAUAGAACAUAAAUGA